GCGGCGCUGACGCAUCCACCACUUUAUCUAACAACAACUUUGUCCAUUCAAGCGUCAUGUGUGAAACAGUUCUCCUCGGAACAACCAUCGACAAGUGCAGUGCUUACAGUUUUACGUCUCCGAGUGUUGUGCAGAGUGCAUGGAUUUCUCGGGAAUUUUGCUGAGCUGCAGUCUUGAGAAUAAAUAGCGAAACUCGUAAACUUUAUACCGUGCAAACAAAGUAAUCCAAAAAUUACAUACAUAGGUUAAUAAUAGACAAUUUUGAGAAAUUACUCAAAAUGCCAGAACUGGGUCCAAUUAUGCGGGCGAUCGAGUUGCAGAGGAUAUUAGAAGACAAAGUCUCAGAGUGGCGCGAGAGGUCAGCGCGGGUCGCCGGCGCAAGCGUGGCCGACUCUUAUCAGCAGCCACUCAACUUCAAACGGCACACAAACAGGCGUAAAAACAGCGCAGAAAUUAACAGAAUUAUCGCAAAGUACUCCAGACCCUACAAUAGGACGGACGAGCGAUUCCCCGUGGCCGUGAAGAAGAUACCCGCCCCCUCUAAAAAGGCCCCUGCACCUGCGAUACCCACCCCGGAGCGCCCGCCGAGACCCAAGAAACAGCUGGCCAACCUAAAAAUUCUUUCAAGAAGUGAGGACAAUAUAGCUAGUGUAGUCGGUGCCAUGGAACUGCACCCAGACCCAACAGAAAAAAACAAAUCGCGGUCCCUCUUCAGAUAUAACGCCAAGAGUUGCGAGGACAUAACCGCUUUUGUUAACGUCGAACAUAAUAUAAAAAGUCAAAACUUCGAGGAAAACAGCAUACUCAAUGCAAAGCCGGUUCGGAGAAAUUCUAGGCUGAAGCUGCAUAGCAUUUGUGAGGAUAUUUCAGUCAGGAAUGACAGUGGAGUGGAAGUGAGUUUUCGGUCUGAUUUCGCUACGUCUACACCUUUAUCUCACAGAAAGAGUGGUGUAUCAAGUGAUUCUGUGUCAGUGGUCAGUUUUGAUAAGUGUGCUAAAUACAAUAGUGUUGGUGAACUGAGGAGAGGUAGUUCGGAGCCGGACAUUUUAGAUGUGAACUCUAGCAGAGAGUCGGUGGAGGCGAAGAGUACGGGCACGAAGAAGCGGUGGAAGUUGCUGAAGCCACCUUUCAGGAAAAAUGCCCUGGACUGCCUGUUGCUGUGGCGUCCCAAAAAACCUCGACCGGACAACACGACAAACAGAAUUCAAGAAGUGGACGACAGUUUCUUCGAGAAGUUCGGGUCUAUUUUGAGGCAGGCAUCACAAAGGGCUGCGUUAGAGGAGGCAACUCCAUUGGCCCCGCUCAAAGAGGCAGAAGAGCAAGAUGGAGAACAGAAAAUCGAAACAGACUUGCAGAGCGAGAGCCAGAGCUUGGCCAGAGACUCCGACAGCGGGAACGAGACCUUACUCGACACAGACUCCGAACCCGAUGAUCCGGACAAAAUAGAUCUCUACGUGGAGGCCGUCGGCUGGAAUAUUGAUGAGCUCUACCUUGAGGUAUUGUAUGAGAUUUUGCACAAUGUCGGGGGAUGUGACGUAGGGUGCGAGGUGGGCGAGCAGGCGAUGUUGUCAUACGUCCAAGAAGCUUUCAAGAUAUCAAACGACAAACACACAGAACUGCUGACUCAGGCGGAGGCGAAGGAGCCUCCGGAACUGAUGCUGAAUGUGGAAGUCAUAGAGGCGAAAGACCUCGUGCCCAAAGACCCCAAUGGUCUCAGCGAUCCGUUCGUCACGAUAUAUCUGAUGUCAAAUUCAUCGCAUAGGUACAACACUUCGGUGAAGUCAGGAACCCUCAAUCCGUUAUGGGAGGAGCAUUUUUCUUUACCGAUGCCCGGAAACCUACACGAAGACUCGCUUUGUUUAGAAGUUUGGGACUUUGAUCCAGCUGAGACAGUAAAGGAGAAAAUGACGAAGAUAUUCGAAGUCAAAGGUGUGAAGGGCCUCCGGAAACUGAUGAAGGAGAUUGCCAUCACGGCAUCCACUGGGAAACACGAUAAUGAGCUUAUCGGCACGUCAAAUAUACCGCUAAAGUCCAUCCCAGCCGGUGGCAUGACGAUGUGGUUCAACCUCAGCAAGAAGAGCAAGCUACGUCGGCAAGGCGUGGUCAAGGUGCGCCUGAACUUCUCCUCCGAGAAGAACUCGCAAGUGGCAGCACAGGAACACCGACAUCUGCUGAGGAUACUGCUGCUGCAUGAGCUGGAGAGCUCGAAGGUGGCGCCAUUUUGGUGGUGCGGCAACUUCAGCGCGCCGGCCGAAGCGAUCCUCACACAGCAUGCCGCUCAGAGCGGUCUCACGCCAACCGACAACUGUCUCGCGCAGUGGAGCGUGUUCUGCGCAGUCACACCUGACCACCCGCUCAGUUUCGCGCUGUUCAACCAGCUGUUGGAUAAGCUGACCAAGCCACUGCAGUCUGGGCUCGUCAGUGAAGAGGAUGGAAAGCUUUUCUGGGACGGCGCCAAGAAGCUACUCCCAACCUGUUACAGCCACAUCAGGAAACUGAGGAAAAAGACUGCCGGCGACAAAACUGUGAUGAAAACGCUCAGAGAAGUGCUGAAGAUUCUGUACAAACUAUCAGUAUUGGACCAGCCAGAGACCGUCGAUUUGUUUCCUUCCACGUUGUAUGGGUGGUUGAGAGAAGGCCAAAAGUUGACCAUCCAUGAGGUGUUGAACCAAGCGGUCAUUCAAGGCGCGUCGGACUGGUUUGUUCAUAUUCUGGACAAUAAUGAGUGCAAAGACAAGACGGAGGAUUCGAGGCUUCAGCAUCUUAUUAGAGUAAUACAGUUAGUGCGGUCUGAUCUACAGCGAGCAGUCGAAUACUAUGACAGAGUAUUUGUUGAAGUAAUGUCGUUCCCAUAUUCGAAGUCGUUGUACGGUCUAUACGAGAACAAGAUAUCAUCGUUAGUAGAGCCUGAGGUCAUACAAGUGUGCGAGAGUUUGGCUCGAGUGAAGAUUGGCUCGACCAGUAGUGUGCAUUUAGCGGGAGGGAAUAAUGGAAACAGCGAGACGGAAUCAAUGGCGAUGGGCACUACGCUCUUUGAGCUGUAUUUGACGUUGCAGAGGUUUUUAACCUUAGGACAAGGUCUAAACGAGACAGAAUGGAGUAACUACUCCAUAUCCCAGUUCCACUCAUGGUUCUUUGGAGGCGUUGCCAAGUGGCUGGAGAUAGCUGCAGAGAAAGCCAAGACCCGCGUCGAGAAAGCCGUGGAUUUGGACAACUUGGUUCAAGUGGACACCAACGUCAAGUAUAGCAGUUCUGGAGUGGACACGCUGGCUAUAUUCUACCAGAUCAAGAUAUUCUGGCAACAGCUGGCGUGGCCUGACGUGGAAGGCUGCUAUACUUUUGUAGCUAAAAUCAUUGAUGACAUCUGCCGUUGCUGCGUAACAUACGCGGACAAAAUGGAGAAGCGCGUCAGCGACAUUGGCACAGUGACCACAGUUUACGAAGAGCGCUUCGAGGUGACCACCGAGUGGUGCGUGGCCAUAAACAACAUAGAUUACGUGCGGCAGAGCUUAGAGCCGUUUGUCCAGGAGUUGGGCAUGGAGGAGAUUAUACACAAGAUGUGCGAGGCCAAAUCUCCUAUUGAGGCGCAAAGAUGUAAGCAAACGUUACAGAAUGUGAUGGCUAAUGCAAUAGACACUGUAAAUAACAAAAUUGUAGAUCUGCUACAGGAAAUGGUUAAGAGGAUGAUGCCAUCAAUAAAACGUUUCCUAGUGGAAGGGGCUGAACUGCUCCACCAAGACUGUUCCAGCAUGGACCGCGUCAUGCGCUACCUCGAAGCCAACCUCGACACACUUUACCAGCAUUUGAACAACGAAAACUUCUCCAGAACCUUAGAAAUCGUGUGGAAACAACUUGGCGACGUAUUGUAUGAUCUCAUCCAACUCAACAGAGAGAAACGCCGUCCACCAAGUUUCUUUUCGAAUCUCCACGAGUGUUUGAACAUUAUGAUCCAAUCGUUCCGUCAAGAUAACAAGGAGAUGGAAAAAGACGACACUUUGAAGAAGGUGGAGUAUUUGUUGAAGCUGAACGGUAUGGAGACUAGGGAACUGAUUCAUCAGUACUACCUAGAAAGGUGGCAGGAGCAACAGGCGAUCACUGAACCCAAGAUGGGCAUGUUGACUGUGAGAGCGCAGUUCAUUGAGGAUAAUUUGAAAAUUGAGAUCAUGAACGCGAGGAAUUUAACGCCUGCGGAUUCUAAUGGUCUCUGCGAUUCCUACGUCCGAGUUUCCUUACUGCCGGAAGACUCGUUUGCGAAUGUAGUGAAGCCGAAAACACAAACACACAACAAGAAUCUCUUCCCGCUCUACGAUGAGAUGUUUAUUAUACCCCUCACCCACGAGCAGCGUCGCGAAGCGGACGGUCUGAUGCAGUUCGUUAUCAAGGACAAGGACAUGUUCAGCGUCAGCAACACUUUCGUGGGAGAGGCGUAUCUUCACUUCAGCGAGGUGCCUGACACGCCCGCGCCUAUCUCGAGUCUGCCUCAGCAACUACUGCCGCUUAGCAGGCCGAGUAACUUAGAGGACAGAGUGAGCAACACUUUCGUGGGAAAGGCGUAUCUUCACUUCAGCGAGGUGCCUGACACGCCCGCGCCUACCUCGAGUUUGCUUCAGCAACUACUGCCGCUUAGCAGGCCGAGUAACUUAGAGGACAGUGUUAGCAACACUUUCGUGGGAGAGGCGUAUCUUCACUUCAGCGAGGUGCCGGACACGCCCGCGCCUAUCUCGAGUCUGCCUCAGCAAUUAUUACCGCUUAGCAGGCCGAGUAACUUAGAGGACAGUGUUAGCAACACUUUCGUGGGAGAGGCGUAUCUUCACUUCAGCGAGGUGCCGGACACGCCCGCGCCUAUCUCGAGUCUGCCUCAGCAACUACUGCCGCUUAGCAGGCCGAGUAACUUAGAGGACAGAGUGAGCAAAACUUUCGUGGGAGAGGCGUAUCUUCACUUCAGCGAGGUGCCGGACACGCCCGCGACUGUCUCGAGUCUGCCUCAGCAACUACUGCCGCUUAGCAGGCCGAAGGACAGUGUUAGCAACACUUUCGUGGGAGAGGCGUAUCUUCACUUCAGCGAGGUGCCGGACACGCCCGCGCCUAUCUCGAGUCUGCCUCAGCAACUACUGCCGCUUAGCAGGCCGAAGGACAGUGUUAGCAACACUUUCGUGGGAGAGGCGUAUCUUCACUUCAGCGAGGUGCCGGACACGCCCGCGCCUAUCUCGAGUCUGCCUCAGCAACUACUGCCGCUUAGCAGGCCGAGUAACUUAGGCCAGACAGUGUUAGCAACAUUCGUGGGAGAGGCGUAUCUUCACUUCAGCGAGGUGCCGGACACGCCCGCGCCUAUCUCGAGUCUGCCUCAGCAACUACUGCCGCUUAGCAGGCCGAGUAACUUAGAGGACAGUGUUAGCAACACUUUCGUGGGAGAGGCGUAUCUUCACUUCAGCGAGGUGCCGGACACGCCCGCGCCUAUCUCGAGUCUGCCUCAGCAACUACUGCCGCUUAGCAGGCCGAGUAACUUAGAGGACAGAGUGAGCAAAACUUUCGUGGGAGAGGCGUAUCUUCACUUCAGCGAGGUGCCGGACACGCCCGCGCCUAUCUCGAGUCUGCCUCAGCAACUACUGCCGCUUAGCAGGCCGAGUAACUUAGAGGACAGAGUGAGCAACACUUUCGUGGGAGAGGCGUAUCUUCACUUCAGCGAGGUGCCGGACACGCCCGCGCUUAUCUCGAGUCUGCCUCAGCAACUACUGCCACUUAGCAGGCCGAGUAACUUAGGUCAUUUAACAGUGAUUUUAUCUGUGACUGAAGAGGACAGAGUGAGCAAAACUUUCGUGGGAGAGGCGUAUCUUCACUUCAGCGAGGUGCCGGACACGCCCGCGACUGUCUCGAGUCUGCCUCAGCAACUACUGCCGCUUAGCAGGCCGAGUAACUUAGAUGGAGAGGCGAUCAAGGCUUUAGAGACCCGACAAGGUGACAAGCAAGCACGAGAGUUCCUCAAGAAACUAAGACAGAAGAUGCCCAACAAACAGUCGAUGUUCUCGCUCGGUUGAAGACCCCCACUCUACUCUUCUGAUUUGAUCGGUGGAUACUUGCAAGUGUGUUUUGGCUGUGUUAUAGUUAUUAACAAUACAUAGAAAAGGAGACGAAAUCUACAAAUGGAAGGUUGAGCUUGAUUUAAAUGAUAUUCUCGGUCGUUUUGAAUCAAGUAGGAAUAUGUUUAACAAGAUUUCAUUCUAGAGAAGAAUCAAAAUCGCAUGCAUUUCAAGGUAAAGUUGGGUAGACACAUCAAAAGAAAUUUAAUCUUACUAUACAUAUUCCUAGAAUGUGUACCGAUCAUUCUGUAUAAAUGUAAAAAUAGUUAAAAGUAAGGAUACCCUUUUUAAGUUUACGAUUUUACGGAUAUCUACACGUAUUGGAAUGUGUAAAAACAAUGUAAUUGUUUUGUAUGUAAAGUACAAUGAAUGUGUUCGAGCUAAAAUUUUGCGAGGUGCUAUCCUAAAUACAUAAUAUGUUUUCGGUACGUAUAUUGUAGAUUACAUUUCUAUGUAUCCUUGAGAUUAGAAGCGAGUAUUUUGAAUAAUACUUGCCUUUGCAUUACUACUGCUUUUAUGUUAAUGUAAGUACUGUAACUUAGGCAAUACGAAUAGACUGAAAUAUUUUCUUCAUUGCAAUAAUUUACUAUGAGUUUUGUGCAAUUGUUGUGAAUGUGAGAAAACUUUACGAGAAUCUCGAAGCAAAUUAAACUGGUCAUGUCAUUGGGACAAUAAAAUUAAUAUCAGCUUGUAUUUAUUUGUACUAAUAACAAAAUUAUUUAUCUAAAGAUCUCAGUACAGGCAAGGUAAACCCUAAAUUAAUUAAUUUGAUGACCACAAAUUUGUUUUCGUAGUCAUUCAUAGAAUUUAUAUUUAUUACCAUAAGAAUUGUAUCGCGAAUCGUCUUAUAAUAAGUUAUUUCUAAUUUUAUCGAAAGUUUGAAAGUACAAGGCUAUGAUGACGUGACUGUGUUUAGUUUUAAAAUGGCCCCGACCCGUAUUCUGAAACUACUCUCAAAAUAAGGUUGAAUCAUAGAGUUAAACCUGGGAUUUAUUUCUAAAUACGGGCCUAGUCUGCAAGAUUAUGAUUCGUGUCUAGUUUAAUAGUUUUACACUCUAGUAGAUUUAUAAGGAAGCCGGUAGGAUAUAAUCGGAAGUUGUACGUACAGUCAUGAAUAAUAAACAGCCAGGUAAUAUAAUAAUUUCACGCGCGAGAUUGAUGAAUUUACUACCUAGCUAGAUUUAAUUGCUAAUACUUUUAAUGAUUAAAUUAAAACAUCGUUUUACAUUCCUUGUUUUCAUGCUUGCUAUUAUUGAAAAGUCUUUAUCUCCACUUUAUAUACGUAGUUUUGGAUCCAUGUAAAUAGCGAAAUGUGUAUUUUUUUUUAUAUAAACAAUAUUGAAUAUUGCGUGAGUAGAACAAUUUGUAGGUGUGUGGUUGUAAUAGUUAUGUUCUGUGAUAGGAAGAAGUGCCUUAUUUAUUUAUUCUACUGCUGUCGAGGCUUGUUCAUGGUUUUUAAUUUUUAUACUACUUUUUAAAUUUUGCUAAACUGAUUGUACGUUUCUUUUUAUCUAGUUUUGUUAUUUGCCAUAUUUUAUACUUAUGUAUUUUCAGUUUGCUUUAUAAUUUGUUUUUAAAGUCUUUUAUUUAUGUUCUCUAAGUCUUCGUUUAUUUAUGAAUAAAACUAAAAUUGCAACAA